AUGAGUCACUCGAGGAAUUACAAUUACUAUGAGCCCUCGAGAUCCCGCAGCAGGGAACGAAGCUACCGGCGAGAUUACCGCGAUGAUUCGGAACGCUACAAUCUAAGCGCAUCGGAAUCGAGUCGUACACCUGCAGAUUACAGUGCCUCCAGCUAUCGAAGAAGUUCCCACCAUCGUAGCUCACACUCCACCGCACACUACCAUGACCCGGUAUCCUCAUCGUCUUCCAUGGGCAUGGGAUCGCACGACUGUUCGACACACGGUUCGUCCGGCAAGGUGGUGCUGGCCGUGUUCAAUCUGAGCAUUUACACAACCGAAGCGGAGCUAUACGAUACCUUUUCCAAGUUUGGCCCACUCCGCAAAACGACCGUUGUGUUAGAUGCGAAGACGGGCCGUUCGCGAGGAUUCGGAUUCGUUUACUUUGAAAGCGCGGAAGAUGCCAAGGUGGCCCAUGAUCAAGCGAACGGUAUUGAAAUAGGCGACCGUCGGAUACGGGUGGACUUUUCAGCCACGAACAAACCGCACGAUCCGACACCGGGCGUUUACUAUGGAAAGGUUUCCCAUCCGAAGGGUGGUGGGUACGGUGGCCAUUCUUCGCACGGUAUGCCCAGCUCCCACGGUUAUCAUCACUGUAGGGCAUGCGAGGUGGAAGCGCGGGAACGUGAACGAUGGGAACGGGAUACGAGAUCGAGGGACCACCACUACUACUAUGACAGCUAUUCCGGUCAUGAUCGCAGCCGCAACCGUUCCAUGACGGGCCGGUCUGGUCGCAGUGAUUACUAUCGUGGCGGGACCAGCAUUCGCUGA